CCGGACACAGUUCCGGCAGCGCCUGCCCCACAGCCCGACUUCCACCGUGACCCCAGCACAACCCAGGGCCCAGUGAGCACGCAGGUGACACCAGCUGGAUGCUCGUCAGCACCAUGCUGCCCCGCGUGACUCUGCCCUUCCGGCAGCUGGUCUGCGCUGUGGCCUCCUGCUGCCGGGCGCCUGGGGGACACCGAGGACUCCACUUCCUGCACACGGCCCCCACUGCCUGCUCCGAUGGGGCCGCCCCUGUCUUCACCAAGGCCCUGGCCUUUGGGGACAGGAUCGCCCUCUUUGACCAGCAUGGCCGCCACACCUACCGGGACCUGUACCACCACAGCCUGCGCCUGUCCCUGGAGAUCUGCAGGCUCCGAGGUUGCCUGGACGGAGACCUGCAAGACGAGCGGGUCUCCUUCCUGUGCUCCAACGAUGUCUCCUACGUUGUAGCCCAGUGGGCCUCGUGGAUGAGCGGUGGCAUCGCGGUGCCCCUCUUCUGGAAGCACCCCGAGGCGCAGCUGGAGUACUUCAUCCAGGACUCCCGCAGCUCUGUGGUCCUGGCCAGCCCGGAGCACGUGCCGCUGGUGGGCCCAGUCGCUGAGAGGCUGGGGGUCCCGCUCUUGCCUCUGCCUCCUGACGUCUACCGUGGGGCUGUGGGGGAGCCGGCAGCGAAGCCAGCGCAGGAGCGCAAGUGGCAGGACCGGGGCGCCAUGAUCCUCUACACCAGCGGAACGACGGGCAGGCCCAAGGGCGUGCUCAGCACCCACCGCAACCUCACGGCUACGGUGACCGGGCUGGUCCACGCGUGGGCAUGGACGAGGGACGACGUGAUCCUGCAUGUCCUUCCCCUGCACCACAUGCACGGCGUGGUCAACAAGCUGCUGUGCCCACUCUGGGUGGGAGCCACCUGCGUGAUGCUGCCUGAGUUCAGCGCCCAGCAGGUUUGGGAAAAGUUUCUAAGUCCUGAAACUCCAUGGGUGAACGUGUUCAUGGCAGUGCCCACCGUGUUCUCCAAGUUGCUGGAUUACUACGACCAGCACUUCACCCAGCCUCAUGUCCAGGAUUUUGUGCGUGCAGUUUGUAAAGAAAGAAUCAGACUCAUGGUGUCUGGCUCGGCCGCCCUGCCCACCCCCCUGCUGGAGAGGUGGAAAAGCGCCACGGGCCACACACUGCUGGAGCGCUACGGCAUGACCGAGGUCGGCAUGGCCCUGUCCAGCCCCCUGUCCGGGGCUCGCCUGCCAGGCUCCGUGGGGACCCCGCUGCCCCAAGUGGAGGUUCGCAUCAUCUCGGAGAGCCCACAGAGGGACGGCUGCCCGUACACCGUGCACGCUGAGGGGGAUGCGCAGGGGACAAAGGUGACCCCAGGGCUUGAGGAGAAGGAAGGGGAACUGCUGGUCAGGGGACCCUCUGUGUUUCGAGAGUACUGGGAUAAACCAGAAGAAACGAAGAGUACCUUCACUCCUGACGGCUGGUUCAGGACAGGGGACACCGCCGUGUUCAAGGACGGCAGUUACUGGAUCCGUGGCCGCACAUCAGUGGACAUCAUCAAGACCGGAGGGUACAAAGUCAGUGCUCUGGAGGUCGAGCGGCAGCUGCUGGCCCACCCCAGCAUCUCGGACGUGGCUGUGAUCGGCGUGCCAGACGUGACAUGGGGUCAGCGGGUCACGGCAGUGGUGGCCCUUCAGGCAGGACACUCACUGUCCCACAGUGACCUCAAGGAGUGGGCCAGGAAGCCCGGUGUCCUUGGGCCUCCCCGGACAGCCCUCCUGCUGCUGCUGCUGGACCCGAGAGCCGCCUCACGCCCCGCACAGGCCCUUCUGGGCCCCUGUCUCCUCCCGGAACCCACACAGGAAUCCUCGUGGGCCUCAGGCAGCUGCAGAGGCCUUCGCCGCCUGUGCCUGCUCAGGUCAGUGUGGGUCCCCACCCACACCAGCUCCCGCCCGCGUGCUGCGGGAGUGCACUCGUCAGCCUGGGUGUGUGAGGGAGCUGGGGAGGCCCUGUGCUGGACGGCAAUGGGACGCAACACGCAAGACUGGGUGCGCUGAUUUCACGCUGUUAACUCUGAUUCUAAAGUUUCUGAGACCUAAAAGGUUUCCACAGCUGCUUCACUAUGUCCUAGUCUGUCGAACACCAUCUGAGUCAUGGAGGAAUGCACCUCACCUCCCCACCACUCCCAAGGCCGGAGUCGGGGCCAGUGACAUGGACUCCUGCGUCCUUGCUCUUGAGCGCUGCCUGGUGUCCCUGUCGCCGUUCCCUCCCAGGGCAGGGGCCACUUGCCCCAAGGCAAAUGCACCAGACCCCAGGCAGGGGGGCACUGGGAAAUGCGGAGGGCCUGGGGCGUCAGUGGCCGAGCCCCAAGGCCAAGGCUGAAGCCCUGGCUUCUGGGGACCCCUGUGCAGCCUGGAGCCGGCCUGGGCUCUUCCGGCCUGGGUGCCACCCUCAGGUGGGCGUUGGAAGCGUGAGUCGAUGGGCACUGGGUUUCCGGCAGGUGGGGCAGCGCUGCCGGGAGCCGCAGUCUCCAGGGCAUCAGGUGGACGACCAGCCUCUGCCCCCUUCCCUCCUGAGCUUCCGCACUUAGGUGCUGAGGACCCUGUGGUCAGAGCCACACGGGCUGUGGUGAGCAGGGACAGCCAGUGCUUGCUCUGGACCCUGCCAGAGGCGAGGGGGAACGUGGCCGAGUCCCCGGGGAGAUCAGCGUCUCAUCGCCUGUCUCUUCUGUGCCCUUCCGAAGGAGGCCCCUCGCCAUCUGUCUCCUGGUGCUGCCGGGAGAGUGCUGGGGACGGCAGCGUGGGUGUGGGGAGCUCCGGCCCGAUGGGCACCACGUACACACCCCCUGUGGCUUCUCCCCUCCCCGGAGCACCUGGCACAGAGCAGGUGGAGCAGUGGACAGGGCAGCCAUGGUCCUGCCACAGCCUGGGAGGGGCAGCGGCUGGGCUGAGGCCAGGCCUUCUGCGGAGGUCAGUCAGGGGCACAAGCGUAGCCAACGGGCCAGAGGUUAGGAGAAGCUGAGUCGGGGCCUCGCCCUCCUUCGGAGAGCUCUGGGAGAAGAGGCAUUUGGAAUGGGGCCAGCAUCUGUGGCAGCCCAGCGGGCUCACUGGGGUCAGCAGGGCCAUGGUGUCGGGAGACGCCCACACGCUCACCUCUGGAACCAUGGCGGCGUCGCCUCCCCGGCCAAGAGAGCCCAGGUGUGGAGACGGUCAGCUCACUGUAGGACAGGCGGUCCUAUCACCCCAGGCUGUGUCCCCACAGGGCCCCUGGCGCGAGGCAAGGCAGGAGCUGGGUGGUGGGAGGCUCGCUGGACAGACUGGCCCAAUGGGGGAUGGCGCUAGAGCCAGGGCAGCAGGUUUUCUCUGGGGCCUCAUACUGCGGCGGCCUGCCACAGCGGGACUCAGCAAACCAGCAAGGCUGUGCCCAGCGUGUGUGGGGCAACCCUGAGUCCUGUCGGGCUUGGUGGCUGCUGCAUCCUGCCCCACCAUGGCUUCCUCAUCACGGCUCUGCCCACCUCCAAGAGGAGAGGGGAUGGCAGGGCCUGGCCCUCCAGUCACACUGGCAGGUCCCUGGGAGUGACAUCUCCUCAAGGCAAGUGCCACAGGGGCACACACCCUCCUCAUGGAGAGGGGAGAGUGUGGCAGUGAAGGGCCUGAGGAGGAAGUGUCUAGAAAGCACAUUCCGGAAGGUUCUGUGCUGGCUCCCGGCCACUGCAGGCCAGGCGGCACGUCGUCUUCUUGCUCCUCAGUUCCAGGGAGUCAGAGCAAAGGAUGGCAUGCCUGGCACUGGUGGUGGCUUGGGGACUCGUCUGGGCAGAGGCAGGGCCACCCGUCUGGCUGCCCUGUAUCUGACGCAGAGGCUGUGACCUCCAAGUCUGACCCAGGCCACACACCCUGGCCCCUCCUCAGCCUCCCUCCUGCGGCUCCUCCCAGCAUCCCCGAGGUCCGGGAAGGCACCUGCCUGUGAGCACAUUAGCUGGCAUCCCAGAGCUGGCACACCUCCGGAGGCGUCCACACGGGUGGUCAGUGGGAGUGACGGGCACGGGUGGGCGUGCACACGGGCGUUGCAUGGUUCCCCUGCACAGCAGCACAGAUGUGCACAGACACUGGUGCCCCUGGCGGCCGUUCCCCUGGCUCCAGGGCCCUUGGUACCUGGCGGGAAGCCACACCAGGGUUCCCUGAAGCUCCUCCACCUCUUCGUCAGUCCUCCUUUCCGUGGUACCCUGUGUCCACUCCAAACCCCGAAGGCUCUGAGAACCAAAGCUGUCUCGUGUCUGUGGUCUUGUGCGUGGUGAACUUGACAUAUGUCGCCUCUGGGCCCUCGGACUCCGCUCAGUGAGGACUGAUGUUUUCUUUUGGGGGGAAAGAGUGGUUCUGGGGAUUAAACUGGGGUUGUUGCACAGAGCAGCACCUCCACUUCUUUUUGUUCUUCCUUUUCUUUCUGCUCUUUUGAGACAAGGUCUUGGUAUGUACAUAGUCCAGGCUGGCCGUGAACUAGUGAUGACCCUUCUGCCUCAGCCUCCCGAGGAUUAGGACUACAGGCACACAUCACCACACCCCACUUGUUCUCUUUUGACAAGGA